GCAUGUCCUUCGCGCCGGAGAUUCUCUGAUUUCACUCUGCGUUCUCGUUUUACUCCGUUGGUCUUCUUCUUCUUCUUCUUCUCUCAGGUAUACGCCGCCAAUGGCGGGUAGCAUUAUCAUGUUCGAGGAUAUUUUCGUGGUGGAUAAGUUGGACCCUGAUGGGAAAAAGUUUGAUAAAGUUACUCGCAUCGAAGCAAGGAGUCACAAUUUGGAAAUGUUCAUGCAUUUAGAUAUCAACACAGAGAUAUAUCCGAUGGCUGUGGGGGAGAAAUUCACAUUGGCAUUGGCUCACACUUUGAACCUCGACGGAACCCCCGAUACCGGAUAUUAUACUCCGGGAUUGAAGAGAUCGCUGGCGGAUAAGUACGAGUAUGUGAUGCAUGGGAAGCUAUACAAGAUCUCGGAGCGGGAGGGCAAAUCUCCCCGAGCAGAGAUAUACGUUUCGUACGGAGGGCUGCUGAUGAUGCUUCAGGGAGAUCCAGCUCACAUCUCUCACUUUGAACUCGACCAGCGGAUAUUCCUCCUCGUUCGGAAGCUUUGAAUUACCAACAACACCCUCAUCCCCCCAUUCUCUCUGUCUUUCACAUGGCUUUAAAGCUUGUUGUUUGUUCUGUUCCAGAAUUGUUGUUGCGAAGACGAAGAUACGGUCUUUACCUGAUAAAGACUUCCUUUUUGGUCCA